UACAUAUUCUUCUUCUUCUUCUUCUUCUUCUUCAAGCUCCCAUUCAACUUCCCCCAAUGGACGGAAAGGAAGAAACGCUUCAAUCAGGGUUGAAACGUCUGAGAGAUGAGAAUAACGCUCUGAGAAUGAUGCUUCAAGUUCUGACCAGCAAAUACCAAAAGGUCCAGUGUCAACUUCAAGAAAUGAGAGACACGGACUCGAAUCAAAGCGUAUUAGUGUCUGAUUAUUACGAUACGAGUAAUAAGAGACCAAGAAUUGAGUUACCUAUAGCACAUAAGCCAUUGCAAAUCUUCGCUAGAACCCAUCCCAAGGACAAUAGUAUGGUAGUAAGAGAUGGAUAUCAGUGGAGGAAGUAUGGCCAGAAGGUUACAAAAGACAAUCCAUCGCCUCGAGCUUACUUCAGAUGUUCCAUGUCUCCAAACUGCCCAGUCAAAAAGAAGGUACAAAGAAGCGUAAAAGACAGGUCUAUCCUUGUGGCGACUUAUGAAGGAGAACACAACCAUGGAACUGUUGAUCCCAAAACUCCCCAAGGCUCAAUUGCCGACGACAAAGAAGAGACCAAAAUUAAUGGUGUUGGGAUUCCUAGGUGGUUUCUGACAGAAAGAAGACACACUGAAGAUCUAAGCAACUUCAGAAUUGAUCAAUUUGUGGGUUCUCUCGUUAAAGAUCCCAACUUCACUGUAUCGUUAGCCGAAGCAGUUGCUCGAUCCAUCACUACCCAACAACGCAAGCAACAAGACCUUGAUCUUAAUUUGAGUCUUGGUGAAGUGUAAAGAGAAUGAAUAUUUAGAACGUAGUUAGGAAGUUGGUAGGUUCUCUUACAAUUGAAUUUUUAAACUUCAAGUAAUCUGUAUGCGAUGCAUAUAUAAACGGAAGUGUGCAAUUUUCCUCUCUCUAUACAUGUCAAUAUCAUUUCAUGAAUUGAUAAUAAGAUAGAGACGAGAAUGAAGGCGAAGG